UGUUGCGUACAGGAGGGGAGGUCUGUCUCUGCACACACCGAGAGCCGCAAAUCCGCUUCGGAGCAUCAGUGAGCGGAGGACGUGAAGAUGCGGCCUGUAGCGGAUCUACCGGGCGUGUAAAAUCAGGACGACAUGAGAAUGAUACCUGAUAUGAUUGUUUUUAUUGUUGGAUUUUUUUCACCGACCUGGACGUGUAGCGGGACUGCAAUGGAGCGUCGAUCCAACGCGUGAGAGCUGCUGACCGUCUGUCUGUUUGUCAGCUGAUAUUACAGACAAUAAGCAAAGGAAAUUAGCCAUUAGACAUAGUGGCAUUUCAUCAUUUGUGUUGGUUAUUAUAGGAGUCUGUGUUAUUAAGCACUGUGGCUAUUUACCUUUAUAAUAUGAUCAAGAAGACAUACUGAAUUUGUUAUUAAUGAUUUAAAAGAUCAAUGGUUACACAAUUCAGAGGCAGACGGGAGACUGGUUAAAGGCAUCAUAAAGGUUUCCAGCCUGUUUUUGAUUUAGAUAAUAUAAACUGUUCUUUUGUUGUUUACAACAAGAAAGAAGCCAGUCAUGUCAAAAAAUAAGAGCAGUGAGUCAGUGAAGGUGGUAGUUCGAUGCCGCCCUUUGAACCGGAAAGAGGAGUCCAAUGGGCCUGCAGGGGGCAUCCUGCAGAUGGACCUGCGGCUCGGACAGGUGAUCCUCAGGAACCCUCGUGCACCAGCCAGCGAGCCCCAGAAAACAUUCACUUUUGAUGCAGUUUAUGAUGCAAACUCCAAACAGCGAGACCUGUACGACGAGAGCGUGCGACCGCUGAUAGAUUCAGUGCUCGCAGGGUUCAAUGGCACCAUAUUUGCAUACGGGCAAACCGGAACUGGGAAGACGUACACCAUGCAGGGGGCCUGGUUGGACCCAGAGAAACGGGGUGUGAUCCCCAACGCUUUCGACCACAUCUUCACACACAUCUCCCGCUCGCAGUCUGAUAAGCAGUACCUGGUGCGGGCGUCCUACCUUGAGAUCUAUCUGGAGGAGGUCCGGGAUCUCCUCAGUCCCAACCACGGCAACGCCAGAGCCCUGGAGCUCAGGGAGAGUCCAGAUUCCGGGGUGUAUGUGCGUGACCUCACAUCGUGUGUCUGCAAGAGCAUCAAGGAGAUCGAGGAGGUGAUGAACGUUGGCAACCAGGCGAGGGCGGUUGGGGCGACAGACAUGAACGAACACUCGUCCCGGUCCCAUGCCCUGUUCCUGAUCACAGUGGAGUGCAGCCAGCCUGGACCAGAUGGGAGGAAACACAUCCGGGUCGGCCGCCUCAACCUGGUGGAUCUGGCUGGAAGCGAACGCCAAGCCAAGACAGGCGUCCAGGGAGAACGCCUGAAGGAGGCCGCCAAGAUCAACCUUUCCUUGUCAGCACUGGGGAACGUGAUCUCAGCAUUGGCCGAUGGGCGCAGCAGCCAUGUGCCAUACCGGGACUCCAAGCUGACCCGACUGUUGCAGGACUCUUUGGGUGGAAAUGCAAAGACCGUCAUGGUCGCCACCUUGGGCCCGGCCCCCCAGCACUACGACGAGACUCUCACCACCCUCCGCUACGCCAACCGGGCCAAGAACAUCCAGAACCAGCCCAGAGUCAAUGAGGAUCCCAAGGAUGCUCUAUUGCGCGAGUUCCAGAGGGAGAUCGCUCGCCUCAGGGCCCAGCUCAACCACCGGAAGUGGAGGAGCAAGCAGAAGAAGGAGCAGGUGGACGGCGAGGGCUGGGAGAGAGAUGGGGAUGAAGAAACUGAGGGUGAGGAGGAGGUGGAGAAUGAGGCGGAGGGCUAUGUGAAGCUGGAGGAGCAACGGUUGGAGAGGGAGAAGGAGGCCAUCAGAGAAGAUCAAUUCCUGUUGGCUGAGGAGAAGCAGAGGCUCCUGGGAGAGAAUAAGAGGAUGAUGGGAGAUCUGAGGAAGGAGCAAGAAGCCACAGAGCAACUGACCGCCAAGUACAAGGCGAUGGAGAGCAAGCUGCUGGUUGGUGGAAAAAACAUCAUGGAUCACACCAAUGAGCAGCAGAAGAUGCUGGAGAUGAAAAGGCAGGAGAUUGCUGAGCAGUCGCGAAGCGAGAGGGAGAUGCAGCAGCAGAUGUUGAUCCAGGACGAAGAGACGGUGGAGCUGAGAGAGACUUUCACUUCUCUGCAACAGGAGGUGGAGGCCAAGACCAAGAAACUCAAGAAGUACCUCAAGCUGUAUGCCAAGCUCCAGUGCAUCAAAGCGGAGAUCCAGGACGUGAACGACGAGCACGUGAGGAGCCGACAGGAGCUGGAACAAACUCAGAACGAGCUCACCAGAGAGCUCAAGUUCAAGUAUCUGAUCAUAGAGAACUUCAUCCCUCCAGAGGAGAAGAAUAAGAUCAUGAACAGACUGACCUUUGACCCCGAGGAGGAUCAGUGGAAGUUUCAGCCUCUUGUUCCUGCUGAAAGUAAAUCCUCGCAGAUGAAGAAAAGGCCGACAUCUGCAGUCGGAUACAAACGACCCAUCAGCCAGUACGCCAGGGUUGCCAUAGCGAUGGGAGCGCACUCCAGAUACAGGGCUGAGAACAUCAUGUUUCUGGAGCUCGACAUGACUCCUCCAAACACCGCCUCGGUGGAUCGCUCAACGGAGGCGGAACCAAACCAAAGUCACUCUCUGGACAACUCGCCCACCAAGGACAGAGGCGUCCGCAAGUCUCGCUCCUGGUGCCAGACCCCAAAAUCCAUCACUUCCUCUUCUUCUAAUGUUUCCUUGGCGGCAUGUCACACUGCCACACCCAUGGCGGCACAGUAAAGCUUUAGUGGGGAUGUUGUUGUUUUUUUAAAUUGUUAUUUAUUUUAUUCCUCCGCUUCCUCUUCCUCUUCCUCUUUCCCUCUUCCUCUUUUGGCCAGUGAACCUCUGAAAGACUCCUCAAUGAGACCUACAGCUGGGAACAACAAACUCACACCACCACCUAUGCUGAAUCCUGAGAGGUGACUACAUUAAAAAGUAGUUAACAAGGAAGCGAUCUUCUGACAGGAAACUAAAUGACUUGAUGAACCUCAGAAACUCUGUAAAACACCAGUUCCUCCUGUUCUACGGAUGUAAAAACCCACCAGAACCCCUUCUUCCUUGCAUGUUUGAGACCAUGAGCCUCGGAUCAUCCUCUGAAACAACUGGCUGCACUGCUGUAAUGCCCAGACUGUUGUGUGUGUGUGUGUGUGUGUGUGUGUGUGUCUGUAUAUACAGGGCUGUAUGAAACAGCUUGAAUCGCCUGUUAGAUAUAAGUGUAGAUAUUUCAUGUAUUUGGGGGGGGGCAGGUUUGGUCUGUUUUCUGUGUAAAAGGGGAGACAGUUGGCUAAGAAAUGAAUUCAUAGAGUUUGUGUCCAUGUUGGCAGAAUUGAGCACAGUAGAAAAUAACGAUGUAACUAACAUAUGAUGUGUGCUGAGGUACUCUGAAACCUGAAUGAUGACCUUUGUCAUACCUGUUGUCUCGCAUUAUUACUCUGUCCCUCCACGGUGUCUAAUUUAAAAGCAACGCCUUAAAAUAGUCUCAUUAAAAUGAAAAUAGUGAGGCAUGUCACACUUCCAAAAUAAAUUUAUUGGGAUUUUUAGUCAUACCAGGGCAAUGUUAAACACACAUGGCCAUUAAAAUCACAGAUCAGGACAUUUCUAAUAUUGUUCUGGUCAAAAAUGUAACUCUUUUAUAUCAAUGUCCAAGGUUUAUUAAACAGUGGUAACCAUGGUAACAAUAAUACAGUACUAAUUGAGUGUGAAAGUUCAUUCUUGGCCAUGGAAACAGUAGUUUGACAAGAAAAAAGCUUAACUUAAGGUCCACUUACUUCUUACAUCUUUUUCUGGAGCUGGACGGAGAUUCAAUUAGAUCCAUCCAAUGAGGAAGAGCAAAAAAUGUGGUUAAAAGCUCAUAAAAAGCUAAUAAGUAGACCUUGAGCUACUGUAAGAUUUUAUUUUUGUCAAAACGCGACUAAUUCUGUACCCUACGUUAUCAGUUCAAACUCAACCAGGACUUAUACUGACUACAAAACACUGAUGAAUUAAACACAGCCAACUUUUUUCCUGUUGUAUGUAUGGCCACUUACUCAAACUCAAAAUAAUCGAGAAAAUUUGAGAAAAAUUGUUAUUUUCAUGCAUUCUUUCCUCUGAGUGGGAACCAGCUAAACAAUUGUUUAAAAAAAUCAACCAACAGAAAUGCUUUUUUUCUGAAUAAUGAUGAUACCUAAAAACUUAAAAGAAACUUGGUCGAACACUCAAACAUUUUCCUGCAGUUUAAUUAAACAAUGUUUCAUCAGACAACCUGACUUCAUCACGACAUGCACACAAAGUUUAUAUAUAGGCUGUAUUCAAUCAAACAAUCAUUCAUUCAUUUGAUAUCAGUCAACUGUGGAUUACACUUGUGUGAUGAUGAUGAUGACAAGAGCAGCAGCUACUUUAAACAUUCAGGUUGGGCAAAUAGUGCAGUAGGUAUUGAAUAUACUGUAGGUCUGUAUACGGUAAAACUAAUAUUAUUUCAAUACACCUGUUCAAAGGUUGACUGAAAUGUACCUCACUGACCUGUUGUUUAGACAGAAGUCUGCAGUCAGGUGAGUACAGUUUAGUGUCACAGGGUUCGUUACUUGCUAGAGGUUAAGAGGAGCAGACAGUGGGGGUCAGGCUGACUAAUUAUUACUGUAGUAUUGAUGCCAGAGAUCCGGUUGCAGCUGAACCCCCUGCCAGGUGUAAGAGAGCACAGAGCAGCCCUUUACUAGUGUGUAGAAACAACAUUUAUCACCAAUGUGCUGCAGAUAUGUUUUGUUUAUUACCAAUUUUUUUUUUUUUUUUUUUUUACAAUACUUGAUACAUGACUUUGUCCCCCUUUGUGUACAAAAUGUUUCCUGACCCAAACAUCAAACCAUGUCAUUGAUAAUAUCUGAUAAUGUGUCAGAAAUGUACUUGUGGAAAGUUCACUGAGAUGUCAGUCCUGGAUCAUUUUAAUGGUAUGCGACAGUUACUGCAGCUUGCUCAUUCUGGGGCCGCAAAUUAUUAGUUAGUACAAGUUAUUUUCAUUAUAGAUGAAUCUACUAACAAUUCUUUUAAUUAAUCAAUUAAUCACUUCGUCUAGAAAAUGUCAGUGGAAGUCGUGAUCAUAAACACAUAAACCUGGCAAGUUUAUUGUGAGUGACUGAUGUCAAAGAAAAAGUUAAUUUCAGUCCAUUAGAGCUCAAAGGACUUUCAAUAAAUACUUCACUUCCAGUAAAUAUACUGUAUUGUAAAAAAGUUCCCAGAGCCCAAGGUGACGUCUUAAAAUUGCUUGUUUUGUUCGACCAGCAGUCCAAAACCCAAAGAUUUUAAUUAUAUAUAACAGAGAAAAGUAGCAAAUCCUCAUAUUUGAGGAGCAAGAGCCAGAAAAUGUUUGACAUUUUGACUUACGAGGCUCUGUUCACACUCAUUCUCAGCAAAUACAGUAGCCUACUAAUAUUCUAUCAACUAGUAAUAUAAACAAAAUGAGAGGGGAAGGGUCGAAUUACAGUGAGAUGCUGUUUUCUGUGAAUUUUAAAUCUGUGUGAACUACUUCCUUCACUGUCUCAACCAUUUACAGAUGCACACUGAGGAUUUUAUGUUUAGUCGUCAGUAUCUGGGUGCAUAAUUGACGCAGUUUGAUAUUUUAAAAAACACUUGGCUUUAAAUGCUCUGAGGCUUCAUGAAAAUGUUCAUGUUCGUGCUGUAUAAUGGAGGUUAAAAUACAUGCAACUAUACCUUUAAUGAAGUGAAAGAUUCCCCACAGAUGGAAGUAUAUAACUGUAAGUUGAGUUGAGUAUCUAUGGAAGAAAAUUGUUUUACAUUUAUUUGGCUAAUGUUUUAAAGCUACAGCUACAUUUCAGGCUGCUAUUCAUCAGAAAAAGACAUUAAAAUAUUGAUAUUCAAGUAAAAAUGAGAAAAACUGGUGUCUACAAUCCUGAAAACAGCACCUUUGAAUGUUUAUCUCAGUAUGCUGUUUAUUCGCCUUGUGUAAUCAGCAUCAGUCAUCUCUACUGCCUCAAAAUAUCCAUGAAUUAUUAUCUAAAUUUUAGGGCAGGACAGUGAUGCAAGGAUGAAUUGAGUUAAAUAAUUUAGGAACAAAGGCAAGAUGGAAAACAAGCAGUUAUUUCCAGUCUAUGUUGCCUCUAAACAUUGCUCAAGCAUAAACAUUUUGUCACAUUAGUGAGUGAAAUCAUCCAUCUGUGUCGGGGCUGUAAAAUACUGUAUAAAUGUGUGUGUUUGAGGGCUGUGGGGGCGGGGAGGAGGGAGGAUGCCGAUGGAAGAGGGGGGGGAUGGACGGGUGGAUGCAGGGAUCCAAAGACAAUCAGGAAGUGAGGAGCCGCUGUGGAGGAGGUGAAUACUGAGCCUGUUUCCAUGGUAACCUGCCAGUAAAGGGUGUUGGGAUGGGGAUGGGGGUUUUGCGUAUCUACAUGUAUGUAUGUAUGUAACAUGGUGGGCCAGUCGGGCUGAGCUCAUGUCUUGCUGACAAAAAAAAUAAUCUAAUAAAGACACUGUCACAGGCG